AAGGAACUGAUAUCCGUCUUCCACAUGGAGAUCUUAGACCAAGCAGGAAGGUAAUGAGAUUGGGAAUGGAGUCGAGCCGUGUUGGGAACUCUCACAGUACUGUCUCUGCUCAUCUGGUGUUUCAUAAUGGAAGGCAGACCAGCUUAUGGUAAAAUACAAGCAUUUACCAAAUUGAUAACAAUGCAGAAUACAGGCUCAGGUGUUGGACAACUGCUCAGAAGGUUGAAUCUAAGGUCCACCAAGCUGCCACUGCUGGAGCCCUGAGCAAGAGCCUUUACCCUCAGUUGCUCAGUCGUAUAAAAUGAGCUCAAAUAUAUAUAGAUGGCUCUGGAUAAGGGCAUCUGCCAAAUGUAAAUGGGGCGUUAGAAUGUUAGAUGCUUAGCAACAGGCAACCGGUCAGAGCUCUUGCAUGUCUCAUUACACAAAUAGAAAAACUAAAAAAUGGUCAAAUGGUGAUAGAAAAUGUGUCAAUUGGAGCGAAGAGGAUAUAUAAACGGUGACAAUCAGAAAAGUCUGUUUAGGAUAUGCUAAUAAGAAGGUUAACCCCAGGUUCAGGAGCGUUCAGAGUUAGAUUAUGACGAGUCGGGAUUAAUUAUAACCCAGAUAAAGUGUGAAACGUCAAUCAAGAUAACCCAGGAUCCUCUUUACCUCGAGUUUAGAAUCACACCGAGAUAAAAACUAUAAUAAUAGUGUGAUGACAUGAUGAUGACAUCUCCAGUGUCCUCACCUCAGUCCAGUCCUGAGCUCUGGAUCCAGUCUGUAUAUCAUGUUCAUCAUGGUCUCUCAGUGUCUGAUGGGUUUUCUCCAUGUUCUGUGGUUUCUUUCCAUCCACCAAAAACAUGCAGGGAUAUGGACGGGUGGCGCUAGUUAUGAAUGUGUGUGUUCAUGAUGCGCUAACUGACCUGAUGUCCAUCUAGUGUGUGUGUGUGUGUGUGUGCUGUGACCCUGAUCUGGAUGAAGACAUUACUGAAGAUGAAUGUUACACAUCAGUGUUUCACCAUGACUACCACAUUCAUUAUCCUACACAGUGUAAGAUUGAACUCUUUGUACUCUCUCCCUUGGCUCUUAACUGCUUUUACGCAGCUCCAGAAUAGGGAGAGGGGUUGAGUAGGAGAUACCAGCAGAACACUUUUUUUUGUGCCAGUUUAACUGGAUUCAGCAGCACAGAAGGAAGUGGGUAUGUUUUUCCAUUUUUUUCAACUCUCAUAAAUGAAAUAAAAAUGUAAUCAGUUUUCCUUAUGAAGAUACAAUUUUGCCAAAAGUUUUGGGACGUCUGCCUUUACAUGCACAUGAAUGUAAUAUGGAGUUGUCCCGCCCCUUUACACCUACAACAGCUCUAGCUCUUCUGGGAAGGCUUUCCACAAGGUUUAGGAGUGUGUUUAUGGGAAUUCUUGACCGUUCCUCUAGAAGCGCAUUUGUGAGGUCAGACACUGAUGUUGGACGAGAAGGUCUGGCUCGCAGUCUCCACUCUAAUUCAUCCCAAAGGUGUUCUAUGGGGUUGAGGUCAGGACUCUGUGAAGUUCCUCCACAAGAAGUUCCCCCCUCUCUCUCUCUCGCUCUCGUUUCCUGAAAACAUCUUCAAGCAGGAAAUGGGGAAAGCCACAGCAGUCUUAUUGUCCUGUUGAUGUUUGAUGACCUUUUCAGACUGAUCCAAUAAGCUGCAGGUAGCUUUAUCCAGUCUCCAGCUGGAAUGCAGUGACAUGGGAAGAUUUAACUCCACGACACCUCCUUAAUGUACGUGCCAAGUUGGCACAGGCUACACAGAUGGCCCAUCUCUUCCAGAGAAACGUGACGUUUAUGUUGGUCAAAGGUAGCUUUGAGUCCACUGUUAGCACUGUAUAUUUACAUCAUUUUACAAGACACUUAAACUUGAAAAAGUUAGCCACCUAGCUGCAACCUGCUCAAUAACCUACUUAAACCAUUUUACUCAGCUAGACCCUGCUCAAUAACCUUCUCAAACCAGCACCAUCUUACCUCAAAGACCUUAUUACUCCUCGUACUGCACCUCGCUCCCUCUGAUCCACUAGCACUGCCCGACUGGUCCCACCAUCUCUCAGGGCAAAAGGUAGGUAUUCAUCUAGACUCUUCUCUGUUCUGGCACCGAGGUGGUGGAAUGAACUUCCCCUAGAUGUCCGUACAUCAGCGUCUCUGACUGUCUUCAAAUGACGUCUUAAGACCUACCUUUUCCUGAAGCACUUAAACGAGCUCUUAUCUUUCCCUGUUUAUGUAUUGCUAUAUGUUUAAUAAAAAAAAAACCUCCAAUUUUAGGCUAAUGGUAUCCUAAGUCUGUAACCUGUUGAACCAGUGUUAAUGUAUUCAAUGAUCGAGACUUAAAGCACUUGUAUGUCGCUCUGGAUAAGAGCAUCUGCCAAAUGCCAGAAAUGGAAAUGUAAAUUUUACUCAGCUAGAACUUGCUCCAUAACCUUCUCAAACCAUUUUACUCAGCUAGACCACUGCUCAAUAACCUUCUCAAACCAUUUUACUCAGCUAGAACUUGCUCCAUAACCUUCUCAAACCAUUUUACUCAGCUAGAAUUUGCUAAAUAACCUUCUCAAACCAUUUUACUCAGCUAGACCACUGCUCAAUAACCUUCUCAAACCAUUUUACUCAGCUAGAACUUGCUCCAUAACCUUCUCAAACCAUUUUACUCAGCUAGACCACUGCUCAAUAACCUUCUCAAACCAUUUUACUCAGCUAGACCACUGCUCAAUAACCUUCUCAAACCAUUUUACUCAGCUAGACCACUGCGCAAUAACCUUCUCAAACCAUUUUACUCAGCUAGACCACUGCGCAAUAACCUUCUCAAACCAUUUUACUCAGCUAGACCACUGCUCAAUAACCUUCUCAAACCAUUUUACUCAGCUAGACCACUGCUCAAUAACCUUCUCAAACCAUUUUACUCAGCUAGACCACUGCUCAAUAACCUUCUCAAACCAUUUUACUCAGCUAGAAUUUGCUAAAUAACCUUCUCAAACCAUUUUACUUAGACCUUGCUCCAUAACCUUCUCAAACCAUUUUACUCAGUUAGACCCUGCUUCAUAAUCUUCUCAAACUAUUUUACCCCUAAGGUACUAGAUAUGACCCUCAAGAGAACAUUAUGCAAGGUUCAGUGACUGAUAUCCUGACAAAUUUUUCUCCCAUCUGUUGCAUUCCAGGCAGUUGGUCAGUACGUCAUUCCCCUCACGUGACACUCAAACGUACAUCUCACCAUCUGUCACCUUUCUUCCGUCUCUAAACUCCAUCUGUUUACAGGACAGACAUUACUCCUUAACCUCAUUAUCAAGCGUUACAAACGCACAAGAUGGACACUUCAUUUUUGCUUUAUAAAGUGAAACCAAAUGCUUUGUUCUCAUCGAGCGCUCUAGAUUGAUUUAUUCUCUCACGAUGAUAAACAUGGUGAUUUGUUCAGGACUAAACUCUUCAGCCUGUUUGAGUCCUCACGUGGUGACGAUUCCUGGCUGCUUCCUAAUGAGAUUACAGCGCAUUAUGUUGUUGUGGAAUUAGUCAAAAAACGUCUAGCACAUAAGAGCCUGGGAGUCUUAACCGCCUCGUGAGGCAGAAAGCAGCAGACGUGGCGGAAGGUUUGCUGAUAUCAGGUGUAAGCUACGGUGGCCGAGAAGCGCAAAAGAAAAUAACAAAUCCAGAAACACAAGGAGAAUUCAGACAAAGUGGUAAAGCUCCUGACUCGAGUCGUAGAGCUGAAACUUUUCCUCUAUUUUCAUAUAUUAAAUGAGGUGAAGGAACUUUCGAACUGGAAUAUGGAAGCCAUGGUGAAGAAAUCUUUGGCCAGCUGCAUAUCAGGGGUGAAGGAUGGAGCGGGUAAAAAGGGGAAGGCUGUUCGGAGGAAAAGUGCACCCUGCUGUUACUCGCACAUCACCUACGACUCGUCCUGGAUCAGAGCUUACCAAGCCGAGCUACAGAGAGAAAGGAAACUGAGACAGGGUGUAUUAGCUCAGAAGAAAGCAGAGAGAACGGUUCUGCAGACCCACAGGAACCCACACCUUUACACUAAGACACCCCAGGACAGGAAGCACGUGAAAACCAAAGCCUCUGCGAAGAAAGACGACUCGCUUUUUGGUGCCUUCCAGAGUUUAAGUCUGAACAUCGACAAUGUCCGGGCUUUUAAACCUACAGCAGCGAGUGCAGAGCAGUGUAAAGUCAUGUGAUCAAAACACACACACACACACACACAUACACACACACACACACACACACACAGACAUACACACACACACACACACAGACAUACAGACACACACACACACACAGACAUACAGACACACACACAGACAUACACACACAGACAUACAGACACACACACACACACACACACACAGACAUACAGACACACACACACACACACACACAGACAUACAGACACACACACACACACACACACACACAGACAUACAGACACACACACACACAGACAGACAUACAGACACACACAUACAGACACACAGACAUACACACACACACACAGACAUACAGACACACACACACACACACACACACACAGACAUACAGACACACACACACACACACAGACAUACAGACACACACACACAUACAGACAAACACACACACACACACAAAUCUGCAUCAGUAAUGUGAAGACCUCCUGCAGCUCUUACAGCAACAUCACAGAGAUAAACUGUUUUAAUUUACACUUCAUCAUUUUAAUCACAUUUUAUUUAUCAUAUUAGAGUCAGUCAUUCAGUCAAGAAAGAUAGAUAGAAAGAAAGAAAGAAAGAAAGAAAGAAAGAAAGAAAGAAAGAAAGAAAGAAAGAAAGAAAGAACAAAAAAACGAAAGAGGGAUAAAUAGCUAGAUGGAUAGAUGGAUGGAUGGAAGGAAAGAAGAAAAGAAAGAAAGAAGGAUGGAAGGGAAGGGAAGGAAAAUUCCCAGAUCAGCAUCUCUACUUUUUACAUAUACUAAUAUCUAGCAUAUAGCCUGAAUGUGAUGAUGAUGAUGAUGAUGAUGAUGAUGAUGAUGAUGAUGAUGAUGAUGCCCAGAAUUUGGUCUCUCAGUGUAAUAGGUUUGUACUUCCAGUGAAAUGUAUGAGGAGUAAACAGAGAAUAAUCUGCAGAAAUCUGUACACCUCUCCUGGAGCUAUUUAGGAAGUGGAGGCUCAGUGAUUAAGGCUCUGAGUUACUGAUCUGAAGCCCCAGCUCCCACUGUUGGGCCCCUGAGUAAGGCCCUUAACCCUUCCGGCUCCAGGGCUGUGUAUCACAGCUGACCCCAAUUUCCUAACAUGCUCUGAAGAAAGAAUUUCACUGUGCUGUAAUGUUUAUGUGACAAAUAAAAACUUCUUCUUCAAUCUGUGUCACUUUAUUGUAAACAUAUGUUUAUGUUAAACAAUUAAAAAACUGUAAAGUCUCACACACACACACUCCUAAUAUAAUUAAGUAUAUUAGCUUAUCUGGACUUUGUUCUCCAACCUACUGUGUAAGGAUACUCACUGUCCACCUGUAAAGCUGACCUGAUGAUACAGUGAUAUUACAACAACAGCAGUAUUUCUUACUCCCCCUGUGGUCACUGCACACUAACUGGACUAAAGUAUGUACAUGGGUUUAAAACUUAUCAGAAAAUGUUCAGAGCCCUUAAAGAGGACUUCAGGAUGGUUUAAGGACAAAAAUUGGAAUCUUUUAACAGACACACUGGCCGGUACGAACAGUGUCCAGUGGGCUUGACCUGUUUUAUCUAUCAAAUUAAUGUUUAAUAUAAAUACUAAUCAUCCUGCCCAUAGACAUGUACAGUACACAGACCAGCCAUAACUUUAAAACCGCUGACAGUCAAAUGAUUAUCUCAGGGGGAAGGGGUGGAAUAUAUAUAUUAGGCAUCCAGUGGUUAAGGUGUUGGUCUACUGAUCAGAAGGUUGUGAGUUUGAAUCCCAGGUCCACCGAAGCCCUUAAUGCUCAGGUGAAGAAGAAGCAGUGAGGGCAUGAAGCCUUUAUUGUCACCGCUUAUACAUUACAGCACAGUGGAAUAUUUUUCUCCACAUAUCCCAGCUGAGGAAGUUGGGGUCAGAGCACAGGGGCAGAUAUGAUACAGCACCCCUGAAGCAGGGAGGGUUAGGGACCUUGCUCAAUUACCCAACAGUGGAGCUUGGUGAUGCUGGGGCUUGAACCCCGAUCCUCCAAUCAACACCCCAGACCCUUAACCACUGCCCUAAAUUGUAUAAAAUUCCAGAAAUGUAAAAGUGUAAGUUUGACCACACAUUGCACUGACCUUGCUGUGUAUGGAGCUGUGUAGCCACAGACCAGUCAGAGUGGCCAUGCUGAUGCCUGGACCACUGUAGAAAACAUCUACAGUGAGCAUGUGAGCAUCAGACCUGACUCAAGGAGCAGUGGAAGAAGGUGACCUGGUCUAAUGAAUCAUGUACACAUCACUUACCUGGGGAAGAGAUGCACUGUGGGAAGAAGGAAAGAUGGUGGAGGCAGCAUGAUGCUGUGAGCAACGUUCAGCUGAGAUACUGUGAGACCUGGCAUUCCUGAGGAUGUUCAUGUCACACUGAGACCCUGCAAAAACAGUCUGAGGAACAUGAGAACGAGUUCAAGGUGCUGACAUGACCUCCAAUAGAUAGAUAGAUAGAUAGAUAGAUAGAUAGAUAGAUAGAUAGAUAGAUAGAUAGAUAGAUAGAUAGAUAGAUAGAUAGAUAGAUAGAUAGAUAGAUAGAUAGAUAGAUAGAUAGAUAGAUAGAUAGAUAGAUAGAUAGAUAGGAA